AUGGACGGGCGCCGCCUGAAAAAAAACUCCGCGGACGGAAGCGGCGCCGAGGUGAACUUCCUGGCCCUGGCGGGGCGGGACGGGGAGGCCGUGGGGCUCGUCCAGCGCUUCAGCUGCGCCUCCGCGGCCGUCACCUUGGCCAGCAUCGCCACGCACCCGCUCAUGGCCAACUUCCAACUGGGCUCGCUGCGGGCCCUUCGGCGCCAGGCCUGCCAAGCCGUGCGGUCUGCGAACCCCGUCGCCGCGCUGGAGAUGUGCAGCAUCGACGUGGUGCGGCACCUGGGCGCGGAGAACGGGUUUUCUCAUGGCCCCGGGCUCCUCUUCGCCUCCGGGUGCAUGGCAGGAUGCUUUGCCCAGUCUGUGGUGCAUGUGCACGACGCAGUGAAUCAGAAGAGGGAGCGAAGACGCGAACUACUAGCAAACCUCAGGUCGGUGGUGCCGGCGAUGCUCAAGCACGCGCCGGCCGUGGGGGUGAACUCGGUGGUACGAGUGGGCCUAGUGACGCACUUUCUGAGCCAGUGA